AUGCUCCUGGUGCUGGUGGCGAGCCAGGACAGCAGACCGAAGAGCAGGAAGAGACAUAGCGGCAGAGCAGCAUCGGACAGCUUCGAAGAAGACCGGAAGGACGUUUUCCCGCAGGAAUCCAGGCCUGUGGCGGUGAGACCGCCAGCCGGAUCAGGACUGGCAGCAGCUUGCAAGCGCCGUCUGGUAAACACAGGCCUGAUGGAGCGACACGAGCAGCAAAGCGCCGCCGUCGAGGCUGCCGUCGAUCGACGGCCGUGCGCAAAGUCUCUAGCUUGCCAGUUGGACCCGAGCAAGGUGGCAGAUGAGACCAAGCGUGUUUUGCGCUUGAAAUACAAUAGGGUCAUCAGCCCUCCGACUGUGUACCUGAACUGCAAGAGGGCAGCCGUGGACAUCGACUUGCAGGGCAAGGAGGUCCGACUCCGCACAGAUCCUGUUCCCCAGGAGGGGCGGUUCGUGCGGCAACGAGCCCGAGAGCCACACCUGCCUCCAGAACUCAUGGCUUUCUUCCAGCCUCAGGCCUUGCCAGACCGCACUUUCGGUUCCAAGUUGUCGCUCAUUCUCUUGGAGGUUUCGAAAGAUGAUCUGGCAAACGCGACGGUGUGGGAAGGAAUCGGCCGAUCAG